AUGUUUUAUCACAUUAAAUUAGAACAUGAAAUUUUACUGCACCCAAAGUAUUUUGGACCGAAUCUGACAGAAACAGUCAAAACUAAGUUGUUUUCAGAUGUGAGGGCACGUGUUCUGGGAAAACAUAUCGGUGCUGGAAUAAUACAACCAAACAGGGGGUUCGUACAGUACCGUAUAGUAUACCGUGCUAUCGUUUAUCGGCCAUUCAAAGGGGAGGUCGUAGAUGGCAUUGUCACUCAGGUUACCAAAGUUGGAGUAUUUGCUGAAGCUGGUCCGUUAACCAUCUUUAUUUCCAAAUAUUCUGUUCCAUCCAAUAUUAAAUUCGAAGGUGCUGAAACCGCUACUGAUGGUCUCAAUGAAGAUGAGGAGGAAGAAACUCAGACGGUUCAAAUUGAAGAUCGUAUCAGAAUCCGAAUAAUUGGUCUUCGGGUUGAUGCUAGCGAUAUCUUCGCUGUGGGCACGCUAAUGGACGAUUAUCUCGGUCCAUGCACUUAA